AAGAAACAGAGGACACAUGUUGCAGGUGUAGGGCCAACAGGACCCUACUCAGCAGAUGAUCAUUCAGCAGCUGCAGGCAGCUUUCAGCGCCAGCCAGAAACAAACACGGCAGCAGAUCACUGUUUCGGAGCAGCAAGCAGCACAGACUGUUGAAGGACAGACCAUCUUCUAUCAGCCAGUUAAUGCAGAUGGCAUCACUCUCUACCAAGGCGUGACCACCAUGUCAGCAGGCAGUUUGGCAGAGGCUCAGACUGUUCAGACAGAGGCCAAUACCAACAAACCAGCAGUGGGCAAGGGCCCACCACUGUAACUCUACCAAUGGCAGGCAAAUGGUCAAUUCAGGAGGGAUGGUAAUUAAUGAUGGUGCUUGGUGCUGAAUCUGUGCAUCUUAUCCAAGGAAUCCCUCUACCUGGGACAGAGAGGCUUGAAGAAGAGCCUCUUUAUAUGAAUGCCAGAUAAUACCAACAUCUUUGUAAGAGGAGGGAUAAACUAG